CGUCGUGCGCAAGGUGACCGGGGCUUCGACGUGUUCCGCAUGCGCGAGGCCAGCGGCGGCAAGGACGUCAACUCGCAGGUCAUGAAGAAGGUGGUGCGGCACCUGCCCGAGUACUGCGACGCCUUCCUGCGGGACCCCGCGCUGCAGGCCGCCUGGGCCGAGCGCCCCGACCUGGUGCUGCUGCCCGCCUUCAUGAACGAGUGCGGCCUGGCCUUCGUGCAAGUUCAGGCGCCCUUCAUCUACGUCACCACGUCCGGCCUGACGCCGUGGACGGCCGACCUGCUGGGCAACCCCGAGAACCCCGCCUACGUGCCCAACCAGUACCUGCCCUACGACACCCACAUGACGCUGUGGCAGCGCACACUGAACACCCUCGUAAGGUUCAUCAGCCCGCACCUCCGCAGCCAGCUGGUGCUGAGCCGCCUGGACGGCGUGGUCCAGCGGUUCCUGGGCGACCCCACAGUGUCCCUGUCCGAGGUGGAGAAGAACGUGUCGCUGGUGCUGGUCAACUCGCACUACUCGCUGGGCCACCCCCGGCCGCUGCUGCCCAACGUGGUGGAGGUGGGCGCCAUGCACUGCCGGCCCGCCCGCGCCCUGCACGACGCCCAGCUGCGCCGCUUCCUGGACGCCUCCGACGCGCCCGCGGUCUUCUUCAGUCUGGGCUCCGCCAUCCGCAGCGAGCAACUGCCGGCGUCCGUGCGGGACACCCUGGUGCGGGCCUUCGCUCGGCUGCCGUACCGCGUGCUGUGGAAGUGGGAGGGCGCCGCCGUGCCCGGCCUGCCGCCCAACGUGCUGACCCGCCCCUGGUUCCCCCAGCAGGACGUGCUGGGCCACGAGCGCGUGCGCGCCUUCCUGACGCACGGCGGCCUGUCGUCCAUGCAGGAGGCCGUGUACCACGGCGUGCCCGUCGUCGGCCUGCCGCUCAUGAGCGACCAGCACCUGAACGUGCGCCAGGCGGUGACCCUCGGCCUGGGGCGCGAGCUCACCCUCGAGACCAUGACGGAGGACGACCUGGUGGAGGCCAUCACGGCCGUGGUGGAGGACGACGGCUUCCGCGCGCGCGUGCGUGCGCGCUCGCUCAUGCUGCGCGACCAGGAGACCACGCCCCUGGCGCGCGCCGUGUACUGGAGCGAGCACGUGAUGCGCUACGGCGGCGCCCCGCACCUGCAGUCCGCCGCGGCCUCCAUGCCGCUCUACCAGUACCUCCUGCUGGACGUGGCCGCCGUGCUGGCCGUCGCCGCCGUCGCCGUGCUCCUGCUGCUGCGCUGGGCCGUCGUGGCCCUCGCGCGCGCCGCCCUCAGGGCGUCCAAGCGACUCUGCCUGAGGCUGCUCGCCGCGGUCAGAGAGCACGCCAAGGCGGAGUGAGGGGCGCCCUCGCCCUUCUGAGAGAGAUCUGAAGGUGGCGCUGCGCUCCUGGCGAAGGCGUCAUCGCUGCAGUACCUGAAUCACCCCCUCGACGUCAUCAUACCCAUCAUCAUCACCGUGACCUCAUCGCGCCAUGCACUCGCGACAUCACUUUCAAGUCAUACUAGAAACUACAUGAUGCAUCACCAUCAAUCAUCAUAGUAUCUUUUGUAUCUUUUUACUGUUGAAUAAUUUAUAGUACAAUGAAUAAAUAUGAAAUGAAUUA